CCCUCCCUUCCCCCCUUCCUUUCCCCUUUCUUCGCCAUCCCAUCCUUCCCUCCAUCCUUUCUCCUACCUCCCUUCCCCGGCCUAGACGAUGCCGUGGUGGAGACAGCGGAGGAGGCCACGGAGCCCGCCGAGGCGGACAUCACGGGGCUGUGCCAGGACAUGUUCUCCAAAAUGGCCACGUACCUGACUGGCGAGCUCACAGCUACCAGUGAAGACUAUAAACUUCUGGAAAAUAUGAACAAACUGACUAGCUUGAAGUAUCUAGAAAUGAAAGAUAUUGCAGUAAACAUAAGUAGAAACCUAAAGGACUUAAACCAGAAAUAUGCAGCACUUCAGCCUUAUCUGGAUCAGAUCACUCUAAUUGAGGAGCAAGUAGCAGCUCUUGAGCAGGCAGCUUACAAAUUGGAUGCAUAUUCAAAGAAACUAGAAGCAAAGUACAAGAAGUUAGAGAGGCGAUGA